AUGAUCAGUUUCUGUCCGCCAAGCACCGCUGUCGUCCACUGGUCUUUGUCGAAGACACAAUAUUUUCCAGUUGUAUUUUACACGUUUUAUAUCAAAUCGUUCGGAAUGGGAAAGAAAGAAGAAGAUGAGAUCAUUAGAAUCGCCAAAAAGAUGGAUAAAAUGGCGCAGAAGAAAAGCGGGUCUGGGGCAUUGGAUCUACUGAAGGAGCUUAGGAGCGUACCCAUGACUCUCGAACUGCUUCAGUCCACCAGAAUUGGGAUGUCUGUGAACGCCAUACGCAAGCAGAGCACCGACGACGAGGUGACAUCUCUAGCCAAGGCGCUGAUCAAGUCCUGGAAGAAGCUUUUGGAUGAGCCUGGGGGCGGAGACAAAUCCACAGAGGACAAGAGGAAAGACUCCACAAUGCCUGUCGUCUCUCCUUCACAAGGGAGUCCAGAGCCCAAAGAAGAAAGCUCCAGCAGUAACUCCAGCAGUAAGAGUGAGCCUGUCGACCUCAACACCAACACACUCAUCUCAACCUUCCCUCGGGCACCCGGUACAUCGGACUCAGUCAGAAUUAAAUGCAGGGAGAUGCUGUCCAAUGCACUGCAGACCGGAGAUGACUAUAUUGCUAUUGGUGCCGACUGCGAUGAACUUGGGGCUCAGAUUGAGGAAUGCAUCUUCCACGAGUUCAAGAACACCGACAUGAAAUACAAGAACAGGGUGCGGAGCCGGAUCUCCAACCUGAAGGACGUGAAGAACCCGAACCUGAGGAAGACGGUGCUGUGCGGGAACGUGCCCCCGGAACGCAUGGCCAAGAUGAUCGCAGAGGAAAUGGCCAGUGACGAGCUGAAAGAGAUGAGGAAGAAGCAGACCAAAGACGCCGUAAGGGACCACCAGCUGGCCACGACCAGUGGCACCCAGACAGACCUGUUCACCUGUGGGAAGUGCAAGCAGAAGAGGUGUACCUACACUCAGGUCCAGACGCGCAGUGCUGAUGAGCCCAUGACCACGUUUGUCUUCUGUAUGGAUUGCGGAAAUAGAUGGAAGUUCUGUUGAAGGAGAAAAUGAAUUUCCUUUGGAUUUAGAGAAGUAGCUCAAAUCCCGGACCAGGAUUCUGUAUCUACAACAUAUAGAAACUUUGUAUUCUGUGGUACCUGGUGCACAAAUUGCCACAAAACAAAUUGCAUCCGUUUUUAUUUGAAUACCUUGUUCAUAGACCCGAUCCUUGUCAAUACCAAGUCCUGUUUUAAGAGAUGCCCCCCAGCCAGAGUAUGAUCAAUCUUGUUGUCUCCCAGUUUCUUUUACCAUCAAUUUUUAUAUGUAGUUUUAACAUUUUGACAGCUAUGACAUACAUUUACUACUAUGUUUUCAUUUGCCCUCACAACAAUGUUUUAUUUAAUUUCCCAAUAAAAUGUAAUCCAUUGGAUUAAAUAAAAUAAAA